AUGAGUUCUGCGGCGGCGGGUGAUGAUGGCACCUAUAGGAUGCAAAUAGCCAACAAGUACAGCCGGAUGGCCCUGUGGCGGCAGCAUCUCAACGUGGCGACCAAGGUCCAGAUCGCGUGGCUCGUCACGCGCGUGGUGUACACCAUGCUCAUCCGUCCGACGGGCCGCGAGCCGCCGAUCGCCAGCAUGAUGAUCUUGGGGCUGGGCGUGGUGGCGCAGGUGGCGUGGUACGCCCUCCAGAAGAAAAAGCCCGGCACGAUCUCGAAGACCGCGGAGAAGAACUACGUCAUCGCCUACAACAUCCUCUCGCUGCUCACCGGCAUGCAGCAGGUGCUGGCGUUCGCCUUCACGCACUUGCGGAUCCCGACCACCUCCCGGAUGUACUUCGUGAUUGGCGUGGAGUACCACAACACUGUCAACAGGCUCUUGAACCUCGUCGGACUGUCCGUCGGACCCAAGGAGCUCGUGUCGGCGUGCCAUGUCUUCGAGGGCGUGACGGACAUGAUCGGCGUGGUCUGCAUGAUCAUCGGCGCGGUCAUCGGCCACCAGCUGGUGCGCGACAUGAUGGACGACCUCAAGGAAGAGGCCGAAAACAACAAGAAGAAGAACAAAUAA